CGUUUCGGCAGAGGAGCCGCGAUCUGGCGGUCGGUCGCUGGACGCCGCCUGUUACCUGAGCCUGGAUACGGGGCCUUCGCUCAGUUUGUUCAGCUGCCUGGAAAAUAUGGUGAUGCUCUGCCUUCAAUCACUACAAUCCAUAUGGUGUGGGGACACCGACAAUGCCAUUGGAAUGAGAGUUCCAGGAAUUUGACCCAGCAACAGUGAAGAAACAAUUAUAUAGUUUCAACUCUGAUGCAGUGUGACUUGCAGCACUACUUGCAGGUGUGUCAUCUGCGCCAGGUGGCCUUGUACAGUACUAGGUAGCAGACAUCACGAGUUUGGAAGGUGCUGUUGAAGGAGCUGGGUACCAAUACUCCAGGAGCAGCAUGUCAAAAUCAUGGAUGGGUUCUAUCUUCGCCAUACUCAUCGUGACUAUCACCUUUGCCUCUUCCCAUGCAACUGCACCAACAGACUACCUACACAUUGACUACUGCGUAAUUGGAGCAGGUCCAGGUGGCCUGCAGAUGGCGUACUUUCUACAGCAGUCCCAAAGACACUACCUGGUCUUUGAGCGCAGCAACCUCUCUGGGAGCUUCUUUGUACGUUAUCCCCGCCACCGGAAGCUCAUAAGUAUUAACAAGCAAUAUACCGGGAAGCAAAACAAAGAGUUUAACCUCCGGCAUGACUGGAACUCUCUGCUCAGCCAUGACGACAAUCUACUGUACAAACACUACACCAAAGAUUUCUUUCCUCAUGCUGACACCAUGGUGCACUACUUGAACAAUUUUACAAACAGAUUUGACCUGAAGGUUCGAUACAACACUGAGAUAAUGUGGAUUGAGGCUGAGAAGCAUCCUGAGGCCUGGAAUGGACACUACUUCUUUUUGACAGAUCAGAAUGACGAUCAUUACAGAUGCAGUGUCCUGUUAGUUGCAACUGGAAUGUGGGUGCCCAACAAGCCUGAUUUUCCAGGUUCUGAACAUGUCGAGGGCUACGAGAGCAUCUCUGUGGAUCCUGCUAACUUUGUUGGGCAGACAGUCCUCAUCCUGGGCCGGGGCAAUGCUGCAUUUGAGACGGCGGACAACAUUGUUGGAGUGACUAACUUUAUCCACAUGCUGGGCCGUUCCCGGCUGCGGCUCGCCUGGGCCACUCACUAUGUCGGAGAUGUCCGGGCUGUGAAUAAUGCCAUGCUGGAUACGUACCAGCUGAAAUCACUGGAUGGCUUGCUGGAAGGAGACCUGGCCAAUAUUGCUAUUGUACAAGACAGAAAGGGAAAGCUGCAUCUAAGACUGCGAUUUCACUUCGACAGGAACAAUGCAUCCCAGGAUGUACUCAAUGACCAGCGCCUCCUAUCAGUAGAUGAGGCUGAUAACUUUUCAGUGCGUCAGCCUUAUGACCGUGUCAUCCGCUGCUUGGGGUGGAAUUUUGACUUUUCCAUUUUUAACAAUCUUACCAACCCUCAGAGGGGCCGAGGCCGCACAAACAAAUAUCCAUUGAUCAAGGCCACAUAUGAAUCGGGAAACCUGCCUGGAAUGUUUAUUAUUGGGACAGCUGGUCAUUCCAUCGAUUACAGGAAAUCAGCUGGUGGGUUCAUCCAUGGAUUCCGCUAUACAGCCCGUGCUGUUCAUCUCCUCCUGGAGCACCGAUACCAUGGUACUUCUUGGCCGGCCACCACGCUGCCCAUCUCCCAUUUGACCAACACCAUAAUCAAGCGCAUCAACGAGGCCUCUGGUCUUUAUCAGAUGUUCAGCAUCCUGGCUGAUAUUGUGCUGCUACAGAAAAAUGCCACAGAGUUUGAAUACCUGGAAGAGUAUCCAAUUGGAGCACUUCCACAUCUUCAGGAAAACACUGGGAGAAAUGCAGCAAAUGGGCUAUUUGUUAUCAACCUGGAAUAUGGGAGCAACUUUUCCAGACCAGAAGCUGAUGUUUUCCAUCCCAGCCGUUCAGUGGGAGAGCCCAGACAUGCGUGGCUCUCAAACUUCCUCCACCCUGUCAUCUACUUCUAUAAACGUCUCCCGACAGAGACUGAGAUGAUGCACAGGCCAAAAUUAUGGCCUCUGCCCCGUCCAUACUACAUCCAUCACGUUGUGGAAGAUUUCCUGACUGACUGGACAGCUGCCAAAGCUCACAUCCUUCCUCUGCGCCGCUUCUUAGAGAAUUGUCUGGACACUGACCUCAGGAGCUUCUUUGCAGAAUCCUGCUUCAAAUUUGCUUUGACCAAUCCACACGUGCCACCUUUCUGCCGCCAUGGUUACUUGAACAAGCAGGGCUUGCUGGACGUUGAGAUCUUUUGAUCAGGUUCUGCAGUGGUGAGCCAGCAUUCCAGCAACAGCGUCCACAGUGACCAAGCACCCGAGCAACAGGGGCGUGGGAAACUGUUUGGUGACUGACUGUGUGGCCUGACAGAUCAUGCCCUUUAUCUGAGUGAGGGCAGUGUGCACACAGAGGUACUGGACUGAAUGGUACCAGGACACAGGCAGCCCUGCUGCCAAGUACAAAGGUUGUAAAUAAUAACUUCUGUAUGAUGUAUAUUCAUAUGAAACGUGUCUGUCAAUAAUUGGUGAAUUUGAGGUGGCAGUGACACUUGUCAGGAUUGCUGCAGUUUUAAAUGCUUUCCAUAAUGUGUUCAAAUGAUCAAUCUGGUGUUUGAAAAGUCCCAGGCCAUGCUUAAACCUUCACUAGUGCUGAUAUCAGGACUUCCUGUAAACCGUUCUCACAACACCCUCCAUGCCCCAGCUUCACAAAAUGGCCCACUAAAUGUUUGAAAAUCACAGUCAAAAUUUGCACUGAUGUGAAAGUAUUCCGGCAAUCAAGAUGUUAGUCUGCAUUUCUGGCAAGACCUGAUUUUAAUGUUUCUGGUUUGACUGAGACGUCACGAAAAACAGGCAAUUGGCUCAUUAUUUUUUGCUGCUUGUGGGAGUUUGCUCUGCCAUUGUGGUUCCUGCAUUACAGCCAUGAUGACACUUUGAGUCGGUGUACACCAUUGGCUAUGCAGUACUUCAGAACAUCCUGGGUCUCCUGAUGAAAGUUGUGAUGGAGAAACACCAGCCCGUUAGUGCAGGCCAAAGGUUCUGCUGAACAGAAGCGCCCUGUACUAUCACCACCACCACCACCACCAUCAUAGAAUCCCAACAGUGUCGACGCAGCCAUUUGGCCCAUCGAGUCCACACUGUUCCACCCCUCCCACCAAACAGCAUCCCACACCUCCAAUGCCCUGUAAUCCUGCGUUCCCUACAGCUAAUACUACAGGGCAAUUUAGCAUGGCCAGUCCACCUAAUCUGCACAUCUUUGGACUGUGGGAGGAAAACCCACACAGACAUGGGGAGAAUGUGCAAACUCCACAUAGACAGUCGCCUGAGGCUGGAAUCAAGCAUGGGUUCCUGGCGCUGUGAGGCAGCAGUGCUAACCACUAAGCCACCAUGCAGUCCUCAACGCCUUCAGGGCUCAGACUGACUGAUUGUUUUGUCAGGAACAUGGAGCAAUGGCAGAUAGAAAUGAAGUACAGAAUGGACAUCAUUGAGGAGUUGAACGGCCUCCUCGUAUUAAUUGUUAAUGUGCAGUUCAUGAGAGACUGUAAUGCCGUUUGGUUGCUGGAGGUGAUGCUGCUGAGCUGCUUAUCCUGACAAAUGGGGAAAAAACUCGGAUUACAGGUCUUUCUAAACAGGAUAUGAAUCAUUGGUGGUUUGACAAAUUGAGGAAGUGAAGAUGACUUCAGGUGGCCAAGUCAGUUACAGAAGUGCACACUUGUGCAGAAGCAAUACAUUCAGCAUCAGUCACAGACCAUCAAUUCACUCAGCAUCUUAGACUGGCACAGCACAGGAGGAGGCCAUUCAGCCUAUUGUACCUGACCCUGUUCCUUCCCCACAGACUUGGGCAGGAAAGACUAGGAGCUAAGAUCAGACUGCCCUGACUCCAUUUUAAUAAUUUUCAGACAUUACUUAAAUGUCAACAAAUAAAUAUAACUGCAGCUGGUACAGCACAGCAGUGCCUAGUGCGUAAUCGAGUGGAUAGUGCUUGCUUAUUGCCGUUGUUUGGUAUGCAUAGCUCUGUGGGGAAACUUGUGCUGUGACUGUUGUGAGGAGAGGAUGGAAUUUAAUGGCUGCCCCGUGUAGUUGUGUUGGGUACCUUGAAGGGAUGUUGGUGUGGGGAGAGGGGAGAGAGGAGCUGUGCAACUGUAACCCAGCAGAGGUACAUUGCAUUUGGGGGGAGUAAGAGGUUGGUGAGGAGUAAGGAUCAGGUCGCUGUCUGUUUCAGUCUGGGGACUGUUACCUCGUUAAAUGCUUGCAUUUGCACAUAAACCAUACAUUCUGUGAUCACUCUGCACACUUCCUGUAUCAACCUCCUUCACCACAGGUUCCUUAAUUCAGAUCAAAAAAUGGGAUCUGCCUUUGUAAACCUGUGAUCUUGUAAGUGCAGCUGAGACCUCAGCACUGCCUCUCCAGCCCACAGGUUAUAUUGCAGGCUCCAGUCAACAAAAUGUGCCAGUUUUCCCACAAGGUUUCGUUUAAACAAUGACAUGAUGUAAGGUAUUAUAUCAACAUAAGGUAUUAUAUCAACACAACAUGCAGUUUAAUAAUGAGGAACAUAUUAUGGCCCUGAGCCCUGGUCCAGAUGUUCUUCUAACACUUCCUCUCCUCCGUAACCACAGAACAUUACAGUCCUGACAUUUAUUUCCUCAUUUCAACCUUCACAUCAUAAACUCCCCAAACUCCUACCUUGCACCUAUGAGUCAGAGGGAAGAUUAAUUUUUAACAGUAAGUUUUUGAGAUCUGGAAUGGACCAGGAGCAGAUUAAAUAGUCAUUUUCAAUAUGGAAAUGAAAGGGGAGAAGUUUACAAUCUGUGGGAAGAGAGCAGUGGAGAAUGGGGCUAACUGGGUCAUUUUCUUUCCAAGGGCUGAGCCUAACAGAAUGGGUUGAUUGGCCUGCAUUGACACUUUUACAUUACUGUGCUUCAUUAUGGACAGUGAGGUUUUCAUCUGAUCCAGAGGAUGGGGGGCUACAGAAAAGGAAGCCAGUUUAUCAGACCCUACAGCAGAGGAAAGCAUUGAUUAAAUUGUGAAUUAAUGGGAAUAAAUGCUUUUCUACUACCCUCCGUACAUUCCCAAUGUAAUUUUAAAAAACUUACAAGACCGAACACUAAAAUCUAUUCUUGUGAUUUUCCACAAUCAGUCUGUUCAGUUUAACAAACGGUGGAUGGCAGGAGCCAAGGCGUGAAGAGGUCAAAGGGUUAAGCAAUUCUGCCAGAGAGCUGGCUUUGACUUCUCGCUCUAACGCCACAUUUAGAGGGAAAAUGUGACUUCCAUAAACAUUCUAUUCUAGAAAUUAAAAUGUUACCUAUUUUAAUGGGUUCAUUUAACUUGAGAAAAGGUUUAAUUCUCAAAUUGAAUUGCAGCACUAGUGCAGUCUGAUCCCACUGCUGACUAACCUACAGUCAGAGAGAAGUGGGCAGCUCCAUCCUGUGUUGCCGUUCGAAAAGGGUUUUUUCUUAAAUCAAUAUUUAACUCAAGAUAAAGUGACCUGUGAAGAUUGCUGGGCUAUGUCAGAGGGUCAGACUUCAGACCUGCUUUAUUACUGACAUUCCAGUGAGAUUUUAACCUUGGUUUGGAGACUAGGGUAAAUUGAAAUCUUGAACUGCUGACAGCCCAAGACAAUCCGCCUAUUGUCUGAUCAGUGCUGCAGUCUGUUCCCUUUUCCUCACUAUGUCCCACCUCUGGGCUUCUGGAUUAUGGACUGCAAAUAUUUGAACUGGGUAAGUAAAGAAAGUUGAUCUCACUGACAGGAGGUUAUCAUUGUUCAAAGCUAAUUAGCAAAAUAUCUGGCGACAGGGUGUUUUUUUUUAAAAACCCAGCAAGUUAUGAUCUGGAGGACACGGGCUGAAAGUCUGCAGCAUCCAACAACAACUUAGAUUUUUUUUGUAGCGCCUUUAUUGUGUUGUAUCCCUGGCAUCACCUCACAAGUGUGACUGUCAAGCAGGGUGAAAGCGAGAUAUCAGGACAAAGUGGUCAAUAAAGCUUAUUCAAAGAAAAUCAGCUAUUUUGACUGACUUACCCUAGAUUAUUUCCUCACAACCCUGAAGUGGUCUCCCUGAAGGUCAGCUUUAAAGAGAUCUUAUAGAAGGAGAGGUUUAGGGAAGGAAACUGAAGGGAUAGUUGCCAGUGGUGAAGCAGGGAUGUCCAAGAGAUAAGGUUUAAUUAUAAUUUUGGGACAGAAGUUACAUAUUUGCUCAAAAAGGUGUAAGGACUCCAGGGCUGUAAGGUUAUUUAGAGAGUUCUUGUGAAGGUCCGGUGCAGGGGGAUGGGCUGAAUGGCCUGGUUUGCAGUUUAAUUCUAACAGAGGAGGGGGUGACUCCUGAUCUGAGUUUUACUGAGAAUGCAGUGAGGCUGAAAAUUUCCAAGAUUUCCAGGAGGAAAACAAGACUCUAAAGGGCAAGAAUACUAGAACGCCCCUCGAGCCUGCUGUGUUCACUCUGAAAGGUCAUGGCUGACCUUCAGCUUCAACCACGGCGGCACGGUGGCACAGUGGUUAGCACUGCUGUCUCACAGCGCCAGAGACCUGGGUUCAAUUCCCACCUCAGGCGACUGACUGUGUGGAGUUUACACGUUCUCGCCGUGUCUGCGUGGGUUUCCUCCGGGUGCUCCGGUUUUCUCCCACAAUCCAAAGAUGUGCAGGGUCAGGUGAAUUGGCCGUGCUAAAUUGCCCGUAGUGUUAGGUGCAUUAGUCAGAGGGAAAUGGAUCUGGGUGGGUUAAUCUUCAGAGGGUUGGUCUGGACAUAUUGGACCGAAAGGCCUGCUUCCACACUGUAGGGAAUCUAAUCUCAGAAUGCCUCAAUUGAACCUGCCUCUCCCCACUUCCAGGCUGUGCAUUCCAGACCCUAACCACUUGCUGUGUGAAAAAGAUUUCUCUCACAUAAUUUGUUUGUACCUCAUUUUAAAUUAUGCCCCCUCGUUCUUAUUUCUUUUCACACUAUCUACUCUAUCCAGCUCACUAAUGAUUUUGAAAACCUCAUCAAAUCCCUCUCAGCCGCCGCCUUCCAGGGAAAACAGUCCUAACUUUGACAAUUUGCCUCAAAUGAAGUUUCUCAAUCCUGGAGCCAUUCUAGUAAAUUGUUUCUGCCUGCUGUCCAAUCAGUUCACGUCUUUCCUGAAAUAUAGCAUCCACAACUGUACACAAUACUGCAGUCUGUUAUAUAAGUUCAACAUGACUUCCCUUCUCUAGUACUCUAUGAUCCAUUAGUAUUCAGUGAAUAAAGCUGGGGACAGUGUUGCCUUUGAAGGUGCAGAGAGCAGCGUAUAAUGAUCUGUGCACAUAUCCACCCAGGUUCCUCUGCUCCUGUACUCCCUUUAGAAUGGUGCUGCCCAUGUUUAUAUUGUUUUUCAAUAUUCUUCUUACCAAAGUGCAUCACCUCACACUCCUCUACAUUGAACCUCAGCUGCUUCCUAUCUCCCCACUCCACCAACUUGCCAAUGUCCUUUUGAACUGUCCUCGCAGUUUAUAAGUUUAAUGUCAUCUGCAUAUUUGAAUUUUAAAAAAGAGUUAGGAUUAAGAAUAGUCAGUAUUUCUGCCUGGAUGCAAAGUUAAUAUGCUGCUUGUUGCCAUGGAGAAGACAACAGAGGAAACCAUUUUUAAGGUCAGACUACAGGCUUCCCUAUAAAUCUAGUAUUGUGUGGUCAGCAGAGUGGAAAACCUGUUCGCCUUUUGUGAAGUACUCCAGCUGGCCACCAAGGAAUGGAGAGCUCCGUGAUGUAGCCAUCGAAGGAUUCAUUUAAAUAAGGAACAAGUGUAGACUGUUCAAUAAGAUUGUGGCCAAUCUCAUGUAAACUUAAACUCUACAUCCCUGAUAGUCUUUCAUUCUCUUGGUAAUCAAAAUUCCUGAGUUAUUCAUCCUGGCAUGGCCAGAGGGGAAGAGAGGCAGACUUUGCUGUUGGAUGUGGAGAUAAGAAACUCUGAAAAUUGAGGAAACUGCCUGGAAAUGCUCUCUUGAAAUUCCUGUUUGGCAAAGCUGGAAAAAGAGACCUUACCAUCUGCCGGGAGCAGCUAUGGACUGUUUGCUGUAAGGAAUGUGAUUCCAUGGAGAGUGUGUCGUAAGAUAAAUAUAAAAGUGAAAUAUUCAACUCUGUGAUUUGAAGCAUAAAUUACCAACAAAAAUAAAGCAUUGUUUAGUCAA